AUGAACAAACUUUGCAAAGAAGACAAUAUUCGUAAAGAUUUUAGAGAAGAACCACAAAGUCAGGUUGUGGCUCUUGGCGGACGGCUGGUUUUAUCAUGUCGUUCACCUCGCUCAAAACCUAAACCAAAAAUUGGUUGGUUAAAAAAUAAUCAAGAAUUAUUUAAUGUUAAUGGACGUGUUUCAUUCAAAAAUAACAAACAAAUUCUUACUAUAAAAAAUGUGAAAAAGGAAGAUGAGGGAAAUUAUCAAUGUGAAGCAGUUAAUGUUGCUGGUAGACGACUCAGUAAAAUUGCUGUUGUCAGGACAACAGUUCCUCCUACAAUUUUGUCAAUAUCUAAAGAAAAGACUAUUAACAUUCGAUUACAAAGUCAAACUACGUUAACAUGUGUUGCAAGUGGUAUACCAAAACCAAAAAUUAUUUGGAAAAAACUUGGAAACAGCACAAUAUUGCCUAGUUUUAACGGCACUUUAAAAUUGACCAAAUUAAAAUCAAAUGAUGCUGGAAGUUAUCAAUGCAUUGCCUUUAAUAAAGUAAGAAAUGUAUCAGCAAAUGUUCAACUUAUUUUACAAUAUGUUCCUGAAUUUAAAUUCAUAUCAUCCAAUGUUAAUGCUGUUGAAGGUUCAAACUUUACAUUAAAAUGUUUGGCAAGAUCUGAACCUUACCCCACUGUUCUUUGGUAUAAGGGUAAAACUGAAUUUGUUCCAGAUAUUAUUUAUGAUAACAAACAAGCAAAACUAGUCAAUGGAUCAAUACAACUUAGUUUCAAACCGUUGAGUCUUUCUGAUGCUGGAAAUUACUCUUGUAGAGCAAGUAACAAAAUAGGCAGUAACUCACGUUUGGUCAGUGUUUAUGUGCACAGGAAGAGCGAAUUUCCAGCAUUUAUUAAGACUCCAAACCGUCAUGUUAUUGCUGAUAUCAAUGAAGAUGUAAACAUUGUUUGUGAUGUGCGUGGAAAUCCUAAACCAGCUGUUAAAUGGGAGAAAGAUGGAAAAUAUGAUUUUAUCAAUGAUGCUGAUGUGAUGUUGAGAGAGGAAAUGUUAAGUAAAAUAUAUCGCCAUAUUCUUACCAUCACGAAAGUCAGGAAAAGAAAUGGUGGAAUUUUUCGUUGUGUGGCUAGUAAUACAAUCUCAACUGUGUCCAAAUAUAUGACACUUCAAGUAACACGAAAAUUACAUUUACGUGAAUCUGUGAAAAUUGGUUCACCUAGAAAACCAAACAAUGUGACAGUUGUUGAAUUUAAUGAUAAUUCAGCACGUAUAACAUGGAAAGAAAGCAAAGAUCCAGUGAUGGUUUAUGCUGUCGGCUAUGUUAAUAUUGAUAUAAAAAACGACGAAGUUAUAGUUGCAGAUAACAUUUCACCAAAUACUCAGGAGUAUGUUGUGACAAAUUUAUUACCAAAGACACGAUAUAUGUUUUUUGUUCGAGGAUUUAAUGGAAAAGGUUAUGGAGAGCCGAGUUUACUUUCGUAUGAGAUAAAGACUUUAUCAUCGUUACCAACCAAUCCAAUAGAAGAAAUUCCUGAAGAAAUUCCACUUCCCAUCUUAAAAAUCAACGUUACCUCGGGCAUUGCUGGACAACUUUAUGUGAGAUGGGCUCCAAUAAAAGAAAAUGUUAAAAUUGAUGGAUUUUAUAUUUAUUGGCAAGCUGAAAGUCUGCCUUUUCAAAAUGAAACUCUCCAAAAUGUUCGUUCUAGUGGAUACAUGAUUUCAGAUUUGCAAAAUUCAACUAAAUAUAGCGUGUAUGUUAAAGUAUUUAAUAAAGCAGGUGAAGGUCCAGUUAGUGAAACUAUUGAACAAUGGACAUCAUCUGAACCAGUGACAUUACAAAUGGGAAUAAUGCAAAAUGAUACUGAUAGUAUAAAGGUGACAUGGAAACGACUUUGGAAGAAAAUGAGUGGAAAUGAUACACUGAAAACAUACAUCAUCUUCUAUUCUUCGACAAGUGACAAAGGAAACGAUCGUCAUAAAAGAAACGUUGUUGGAGUAAUCACGAUCCCGGCUUUUCCAGAACAUUAUUAUCACGUAAUUGGUGAUCUUCAUCCUGGAGAAAAUAUAACGUGUUUAUGAGAGUGACCACAAGACUUGGUCGUACAUACUUUUCUCAUGCAAAGAGUGUUUUGUUACAGAGCCCAGUUGCUCUCAGUGAGAAAUCAACAUGGCAACAAAUAAAAGAAUUUGUUAUUCGACCUUGGUUUUUGGGUAUUGCUGGUGGUUGUAUUCUCUUGGUUUUUGUUCUUAUUAUGCUAUGCUGUUUGUGUAAACGUUCGUCAAACAAAAAAGAUGUUUCUUGCCAUGAAUUACAAAA